UGGAGAGUGGGGCGGUACAGAGGAACGACGGGACAGGCCCAGAUCACACCCGUGCAGAACUGGAGACCCCAGUCCAAUCCCUCGCCACCGCCACUAUGCAAGAAGAUACUGGAGGAGGUGUAGACACAUGGCGUUUAAAAAAUAUGGACCGACUCCUUCAAGAGAGGCUGAUUGAUGAAGUGCGCUGUCACCUGCAAAACGUGAAGUGGGACAAGCACAGGAAGAACAUGCCAAAAGUGAGUCAGAGGUCUUGGGAAGAGAUUUCCAGGAAGAUCGGAGAGGACAUAAGUAUUUGCUCUAAAGCCUGGAAAAGUUUAAGAGAGAAAUACGUCAAAGCAACUAAGAAAGGCACCGUCAUCCAACCCGACAGCAUCCUGGCUAAGAUGCACUGGCUUUCCCCAUUUGUAGCAUUGGAUGUCCCAAUGCAACAGGACCCAAGUACACAGACUACAGACAGCAAUACACCCCAUGGACUCCACACUGGACCUAGCAGAGAUAGAAAGGCUGUAAAGCGCCCCAGAAUGUCUUCUCCCUCUGAAUCAUUCUCAUAUCGUUCUGAACACACACAAGCCAACACAUCCUCUAGUGAGGGCUGUUCAAGAACAGGAUCAGAACUAAGGAUUGUGCUGCUGGGUAAAACUGGAGUAGGAAAGAGUGCAACAGGAAACACCAUCCUGGGGAAUGAGGUCUUCACUGAAGAUUUCAGUUGGGACUCUGUCACUUUAGUUACUGAGAGGGAGACUGCCAAUGUGUUUGGGAGACAGAUCACAGUGAUCGACACCCCAGGACUACUUGAUAUGUCUGAGACAGCGGCUGAGUUUAAAAGUGAGAUAGAGAAGUGUGUUGUGCUGUCAGUUCCUGGCCCUCAUGUCUUCCUGCUGGUGAUCAGACUGGAUGUGAAAUCCACAGAGGAGGAGAGGAACGCAGUCAAGUGGAUCCACGAGAACAUUGGCCCAAAUGCGACACAGUUCACCAUGGUUCUCUUCACUCAUGGAGAUAUCCUGAAGGGGAGAACCAUGGACAGUGUUCUAAAUGAAAGGGUCCAGUCCUUGAUAGACAGCUGUGAGGGUGGAUACCACACCUUUAACAAUGUAGAGAGGGAUGACCAGACUCAGGUGAAGGAGCUGCUGGAGAAGAUAGACACCAUGGUAGAGAAGAACGACGGAGAACACUACACAAACAGGAAGUACCAUGAGGCUCAAUUGAAGAUCAGAGAAAGACAAAUAGAGGAUACCAUGAGAGCCCUUCAACAAGAAUUGGAUGAAUUAAACAGGUCAACAAUGAACCUACCCAAAGAGAAAUACACCCAAGAAGAGCAAAGGAAGCUGUUUAUACAACGGGUGCAGCCUAUUUUCAGUUAUAAACACCAUGAAGGAAAAUCCAUCCACACAAGUUCAACUAGCAGCACCGGAAAGGGUGCAAAGCAAUCCAGAUUGUCUUCUCCCUCCAACACACAAACAACUACAUCACAAGCCAACAAGUCCCCGGCUAAGAGACAUUUCGCCUCAGGAUAUAAGCCUCUGCAGAUGGCCUCAGCAACAACGGCAGUUAGCACUGUUGACGCGUCACACAUUGUAACGGCCUCAAAAAGUGAACUGCUGCGAAAAACAUUGGACAACCAGCCUGAAAGUGACUCCAAGAGGUUCAAGCAUCAUUGUGGGGCAAAAAGCAGUGUGACUGUGCCGCAGCAAGAUGCAAAUGUGGACUCUGCACAUGAGAGAAUUUCAAAAGUCCUAAAGGACAAAAUGAAAAGUAAAGUACAGUACAUCAUGGAGGGCAAUGAAAAUAGACAGAAUAAGAAGCUCUUAAACCAAAUCUACACAAAAGUCUACGUCACUGAGGGAGAGACCAAGAUUGUUAAUGAGCAUGAAAUCAUCCAGAUAGAUUCAGCUACUAAGACGCAAUCAAGACCAGGCAGAGAAAUGGAAUGCAACGAUCUUUUUCAGCAAGAUAGAGACGUCAGAACUGUGUUGACAAAAGGAAAUGCUGGCAUAGGGAAAACCGUUUGUGUGCAUAAGUUCAUUCUUGACUGGGUGGAGGGAGAAGCCAAUCACAAUAUCAAGCUCAUCCUUGUUCUACCAUUUCGGGAGCUCAGUUUACUUACAGGAGAAUUUAGUUUUCAUGAACUUCUCGUUGAGUUCCAUCGAGAACUGAACAAUCUUAACAAUCCAGAUAUCUACGACAGCAAGAAAACUCUCUUCAUCCUUGAUGGCCUGGAUGAAAGCAGAUUUCGUUUGGACUUUUCUAAGAAGAUGGUAGCAGACAUGCAUAUAUCCACCACAGUGGAUGUCCUAAUCACAAGCCUCAUUAAAGGGAAGCUGCUCGAGUCUGCUCUCCUUUGGAUAACCUCACGGCCAGCCGCUGUCACCCAGGCUCUGUUAACACACGUUGACCAGAUAACAGAAGUCCGAGGUUUCAAUGAUUCACAAAAGGAGGAAUAUUUCCACAGGAGAAUCAGUGACCCUGCCCAGGCCAACACCAUAAUUUCACAUAUCAAGACAUCACGCAUCCUCUACAUCAUGUGCCACAUCCCUCUGUUUUGUUGGAUCACCGCAACGGUUUUCCAGAAAAUACUUGCUCAGGGACACAGCAGUGAAAUUCCUAAGACCCUUACCAGCAUGUAUUGCCACUUCCUGCUCAUCCAGACUGACAUGACACACAAGAAGAACCAUGUCGCCAAUGAAAUGAACAGGCAGAAACUUCUAGAAUGUAACAGAGAAGUCAUUUUGAAAAUUGCCAAGCUAGCUUUUACACAACUGCACAAAGAAAGAGUCAUUUUCUGUGAAGAGGACCUUAGGGAAUGUGGAAUUGGCGCCAAUGAUUCUCUUGUCUCUGGGAUGUGCACAGAGAUCUUGAAGGAGGAAUCUGACUGUUAUGUCAACAACUUGCACGAGAAGAUGUACUACUUUGUGCAUCUUAGCAUCCAGGAGUUCCUUGCUGCCUUCUUUGCAUUUCAUUGCUAUUUAAGCAAGAACAUGAAACCUAUCGAGAUCUUUCUGGCUCAGCCUCAAAUGAACAAGCCUAUGCCUGAUGACUUGACACUGGAAGAUUUGCUGAAGAGGGCUGUCAACAAAGCACUAGACAGUAAAAAUGGUCACUUCGAUCUGUUUGUCAGAUUUCUUCAUGGCAUGUCACUGGAGUCCAAUCAAAGGAUUUUAGGCGGCCUUCUGCCCCGUGUAGAGUCUGAUCAAGAAACCAUGGGACGAAUCAUCAGCAACCUGAAGAAAGUACAGAGGAGGAAUAUCUCAGCAGAAAGGUGCAUGAAUCUCUUCCACUGCCUCAGUGAAAUGAAUGACCGCUCGGUCCAUGAGGAAGUCCAGGGAUUUCUGAAGUCAGAAAACUCAGGCUCUGUUAAAACGUUGUCGCUGGCACAUUGCUCUGGACUUGCCUACAUGCUUCAGCUCUCUGAUGAGGUGCUGGAUGAGUUUGACUUAAAGAAGUACAACACAUCUGAUGAAGGUUACAAAAGGCUUGUUCCAGCUGUGAAAAACUGCCGCAAGGCUGACCUUUCCGGUUGUAAACUCACAGAGAACUCGUGUGACAUUGUGGCCUCAGCAUUGCAGUCAGCAAACUCACCGCUGAGAGUAUUGGACCUGAGUGACAACGAUCUUCAGGAUUCCGGGAUUAAGAUUCUCUGUUCUGGAUUGAAAAGCACUAACUGUAAACUGGAGAAACUGAAAUUAUCUUUCUGCGGGAUAACACAGAUUGGCUGUGAGGCGUUGGCCUCUGCUCUGCGUGCCAAUCCCUCUUACCUGACAGAGCUUGACAUGAGUCGCAAUUACCCAGGGGUGGACGGAUGGGCUGCACUCUAUAAAACCCAGCUGCAACCACGGUGUGCAAUGAAUUUUGACAGUGGAGCAGAGUACUGGUUGAAGUCAGGACUACGGAAAUAUGCCUGCAAAAUCACUUUAGACCCAAACACAGCCCACAAGAAGCUAAGUUGGAGGAACCAAAAGGUCAGUGUUGAAAAGGACCAGACGUAUCCCGAUCACCCAGAGCGAUUCCAGCACUGUCAGCAGUUCCUUUGUACUGAGGGCCUGACCGGAAAAGCCUACUGGGAAGUGGAAUGGAGUGGACGAGCUGCAAUUGGUGUUGCGUACAAGAGUAUUCGCAGGGAUGGACAAGAUAACAGUAAGAUCGGAUGCAACGACAAGUCCUGGGGUCUGGAGCGAUUCAUCACCUUAUUCAGUGCCAAGCACAAUAACAACACUGAAACCAUCUCAACUCCUCGUUCCACCUCUGGGCGACUGGGAGUGUUCUUGGACUGGAAAGGUGGAACUCUGUCCUUCUACAAUAUCUCCUCAGGAGCACUGACCCACCUGCACACAUUCCAUGCUAAAUUUGUCGAAGCUCUCUACCCAGCGUUUGAGGUUUCAAAGAGUGUUACUCUGUGCCAACUCAAAGAGCAAACUAAGAGACAGGAUAACGAGUCCUAA